UGAAAAAAAAAAAGCAGCAGCUUCCAAGAAAAGUCAGAAAACAGAGAGACAAAGAAAGCCCUAAUUUUCUAUAAAAGACCUCGUCUUCCUAUUGAAAAACCUUCCUUCUUCCCUCUUUGUCUUUCUCUCUCAUCGAUUUCUCAUAUUUCAUUCAAUUCCCCCAAAAUCCCCUUUUCAAUUUGAUUGUAGUUUCGUCAAUUUCAGAUCUAGGGUUUUAUUCAUAUAUGUAUAUGAAUUGAAAUUCAAUUUCAAUGUAUAUAGAGCCUAUAUGAGCUUACAAAUCCAGAUGCGGAGGAUUCGAAUUCUCCACUCAUUUUCCGUUGUUUUUCUCUACUGGUUUUACGUUUUCUCAUGAAUUAAUCGUUUCAAGUUUCAUAGAUUUAGGAUAUCCUAGAUUAAAUUUCAAUUUCAAUCAAAACCCUAACCCUAAUUUCCGAUAUUCAACCCCCCAAAAAACAAAAAAAAACCCUAGAUUUUUGCGAAGAAAGUAACUAAAUUCCGGCUGUAGGAGAGAGAAAAUCUCUGAUUACAAUGCAGCAACCGCAGCAGUUGAGUUCCGGGUCGGAUUCUGACCCGAAGUAUGCAAACAUGGAUGAAAGGAAGCGAAAGCGGAUGAUUUCUAACCGUGAAUCUGCGCGUAGGUCGAGAAUGAAGAAGCAACAACACAUGGAUGAGAUGUUGAAGGAAGUGAAUGAAUUGAAAUCUCAGAAUUCUGGGUUAUCUCAGAAGACUGAUGUUGUUUCACAGUUAUAUAUCGGUGUCGAAUCCGAAAACAAUGUGUUAAGAGCUCAGGUUAUUGAGUUAACUGAUAGAUUGAGGUCUCUGAAUUCUGUGCUUCAGUUUAUGCAGGAUGCUAGUGGGUUUGCUAUGGAUAUCCCUGAAAUCCCUGAUAAUUUGCUUGAGCCAUGGCAGCUUCCUUGCCCCGUUCAGGCGAUUUCGAAUGUUUUUCAAUGCUGAAGAUUAACAGUGAAUGGUGGAAGUGAUCAAUGGAUUGAUUGAUUGAUUGGCCUGUUUUUUUUGAUGAUGAAAGGUAUCAUCUUGAAUGUUUGGUAAAGAUCAUUGGUGUCAAAUAUUGGACAAUGUCAUGGUGAAAGAUGAUUGUUGCUGUUAUAUAUGGAUGAAUUGUCUGUGUUUUUUGAUUGUGAAGAUGAUGUUGAGUCUUUGUUAGUGUGUUUUUUAGGCUUUGUUGUUAUUGAAUUACAAUGUGUUUGAUGUCUUUUUUUGUUUUUUGAUUCCAAUCUAUUGGCAUUAGGGUGUUUGUGUUGGAAUAAUAAUGUUACCCAUGUAAUACAUUUGCCUUUCUUUUAUGUUAAAUUUGGUAAUUUGAUAUGUUAUGGAGAAUUAUAUUUGCAAGA